AUGCCCAGUCUCUCUGACCACACGCACCCUGCUCUUCUCUCCCUGGGAAGGGCCCCGGUCCUUCGCCCUCAAGCGCCAUGCCCCGCCUUAAGACUCCUUCAUGACUUUCAUGACCACUCCACCUAUCUGAUCUCGCUCGCGAGGUCUAACACCCCUGCCACAGAAUCGGACAAUGAGCCAAGUAGCAGCAAGCACAGGAGAGAUACAUCCGACAGCCUCGUCGACCUAUGGAGUGAAUUUCAGGCGCACAAGGCGAGCGUGGAGCAGGAGUUCCAACAGCACAUGCAGGUGCUGACCUCUUUGAUAGACCGCUUCAAGGUUAUGCUGGAGCGAAUGGAGGCCACCUCAGGCGCUGUGGACCAACACAUCGAUGAGCGAGUGGAUGAGCACCUGCAGAUCGUCAUCGAGAAGGCAGUGGCGGUGCGUCAUGCUGCCAUCAUUGAGGAUUUCCAAAGCGGCCCGAUGGAGAGGGUGGAGAAGGCAAUUGCCAACUUGACCUUUUUGCCACAACUGAUGACGGCACAUAACACCGCCCAGGUGACCGCCAAGGUGAAGAAGUUCCAGGAUGGACUGACUAAGAGGGUGGACGAUGCACUGGCAAACUCAGCCUUUUUGCCAGGGCUGAAGGCGAAGAUCAACCAGCUGGAGCAAGAUUCCAUGAACAGACUGAGCGGCGAUGAGUGGAACUGGAUGCAGGGAGAGUUGACGGCCCUGCACAACUCGAUGGAGUUCCAGGCGAAGCAGUCUGCAAAGAUGGACGAGCAGGUGAGGCAGGUGAUGAAGGACCUGAAUGAGUUGGAGGUGAGGCUCAACAAGGAGAUGGCGACCGCCAAGAAAGAGACCAAGCUGGUGUCCAAGUCGCUGGAUGCCUUCAGAGACAAAGUCGAUUCUGCCAGCAUGCCUUCACCAUCAUCAGCAACUUAG